CAAUCUGGCAACCCUGGCAGCAGACAGGAGCAGAGCAGUAGAGCAGCAGUGCAGAGCAGAUCAGCCACCAGGGGAGGAAAAAAAGCUUGAAAGUUCUCCAAGAGAAGCUGGACAUAAGCACAGGAUAUAGCCCCUGACACUCGCUUUACAUGCCAUUCGACGCAGUCUCCUUUUGCGCCUCCAGUUUUCUGGUGUUUUAAGGGUAAGCACAGUGCGCACAGAGAGCAAUGGAGCUGUAUUGUCUGGAAGCGGACACCGUGCGAGCCCGUCCCGACCCCAACCUUCUCGGCGAUGACAGGGUGCUGCAGAGCCUUCUGACCAUCGAGGAGAGGUUUCUGCCUCAAUGCUCGUAUUUUAAAUGCGUACAGAAGGACAUCCAGCCUUUCAUGCGCAGGAUGGUGGCCACCUGGAUGCUGGAGGUCUGCGAGGAACAAAAGUGCGAGGAGGAAGUUUUCCCACUGUCUAUGAACUACUUGGACAGAUUUUUAGCGGUUGUGCCGACCAGAAAGUGUAACCUGCAGCUGCUCGGCGCGGUCUGCAUGUUUCUGGCGUCCAAACUGAAAGAGACGCGUCCUUUAACUGCAGAAAAGCUUUGUAUCUACACUGAUAACUCCAUUCGACCACAAGAACUCCUGGAAUGGGAGCUGGUGGUUCUUGGGAAAUUGAAGUGGAACCUGGCUGCUGUGACUCCUAAUGAUUUUAUUGAACACAUCUUGAAGAGGCUGCCCCUGCCUGAGGAUAAGCUGGACCUGAUCCGCAAGCACGCACAGACCUUCAUCGCCCUGUGCGCUACAGAAUUCGACUUCGCCAUAUAUCCCCCAUCCAUGAUUGCCACAGGAAGCGUGGGAGCAGCAAUCUGUGGACUGCAGCUCAACAACACGAACCAUGCACUGUGGGGGGACAACCUUACAGAACUGCUCGCUAAGAUCACAAACACAGAAGUGGACCUGUUGAAGGCGUGCCAGGAGCAGAUCGAGCGCGUUCUGAUGAACAGCCUAAGGGAGGGACGCCGGCAGCAGCACAAGCAGCAGCAGCAGGACCAGAACAACCCACGCAACAAAGCCUUGGACGACCAGGACCAGUCCAGCACCCCGACCGAUGUACGAGACAUCAACUUGUGAGCUCGCAGGAGCGGCGCUUGGAUCGAAAGAAAAAAAAAAAACUACAAAAAAACAAAAAUGACAAAAAAAAAAAACAGCCCAUCAAAAAGUGCUUGCUAGUCUUUGUAGGUUUUUAUUCUAUUUUCAAAGGAAGAAAAAAAAAUACAUUUCAAAAGAAAUCAAAGAUAUUUUAGAUACAAAAUAGGUAUUUUUUAAAUGGAUUGAUACAGAUGCAAAAAAUUCUAUGGUGCCUCAGAUUCAUAGAAGGGAAGCCGAUAGUAUUUUGCAAACUAUUUUUCAUUGUAUAAACUUAAAAAAAAUAUAUUCUGUUUAAAUGAAUAUUCAGUUAUAUUCAGUUUUUUUUUUUGUUGUUGUUGUUCGAAAGAAAAAAAAAACUUAAGUUUAUAAGACUGGCUUGUAAAGGUACACAAAUGGGGCUUUGUUUUUUUUUCCUGUUUUGUUGUGUUUCGGUUCACAUUCGGAAAGGCCCGAGCGUGAAUAACACACAGGGGUGUCAUGAAACUGGUUAGUGGAGUCCCCGUUUGGCUGUGUGGUGAGGAUGGAGAGAGAAGGCCCAGGAAUGUUUGGUGGAACAAGUUUGGUUGGAAAAAGAAAAAAAAAAAAAAAAGAGCCUUACAGCAAGAAUGUGAUUGAUUUCUGUUUUGACAAAAAAGGUCCUCUGGGUAAAAUUUGGUUAAAUCAGUUAGCCAAAAAAAAAAAAAAAGCAUUUAUGGCACGGAUGUUGAGAACGGUUUAGAAUUGCUCGCGUCGAACGAAAUGAGCGAGUUGAAUAUUUCAUAAUGCGAAUGUCAUAAUAGUUCGCCCAGGCAAGGGCCGUGUCUUGAGAUCAGUCUAUUAUUAUUAUUAUUAUGAUUAUUAUUAUUCAAUCAGCAACUUAUUGUCUCUCGAUUCUCAAAGCAUAGAGACGUCAAUAAGCUUUUGUCAGGCUGCUUGUGUGUGUGUGUGUGUAUGCAUAUGUUUUUCUGAAUGUGCGUACAUCUACAUGUGCGUUUGUGGAUUUCAGAAAGAGAGAGACAUGAAGUCAGAUGUGUGUGUGUGCGCUUAGCGUGGUUCAAGACACCACACAGUCAGAGGACAAGACAGGGGGACAGAGAAUUCAGAAGUCUACAGUGCUUUUGUUUUUGCUUUGAAGGGUCACGGGCUACCUGUAUCACAGCCUUCUAUUCAUGCGCUUUUAUUUUCCGGCCUGGGACAAAGAGCUUGAUCCCGGUUCAGUGCACGGGAUCGCGAGGAGGCGAGACACAGGGGGGGGGGAGACAGAAGACUACCUUCUUUAAGACGUUCUUACGGUUUUUGUUCUAGACGAAAAAAAAAAAAAGAAAGAAGGGUGUGAUAGAGAAGGUAUCGUUUUUACGGUUGGGUUUUGCUUUUUCACACGUCGGUUCAGCCUUGGCGACGUUACCAGUCGGAGGGCUAAUCUGAGCGUUGGUUAAAGAGGUGCUAGAACGGAACUUCACGAGGAGAGCGCGGAGUCUAGACACAUGAAACGCGUGCACAUGAAAGUGUGACGUGAGAUUCGUGCGCGACGAGGAGCGCGGCGGUAAUUAAGCUGUAUGAGUCUAAGGAGAGAUGUAUGCUGCUGCUGAGAUGGACAUCCAUUGGCAUACAGGAGAGGAGGCCAAAGGAGAGGAUCGGAUGUGGUUCCGGAGAUCACGUGAUAAUUUAAUUUCUUUGAUAUUAUUUUGCUUGUUUUGACUGUUAAGUAAGUGUGUCGUUCUAUUUUUUAAAUUUUUUUUUUGGAUUACAGACCAGUAUCUAAACCAGUUUGAUUGACACUGCCGGCUAAUUGGUGGGGAACGUAAUACACAGGGAAGCUUAAUCGAUUUGUCUUUAGUUCCUUAAGCACUUUGAGCACGUACUUCCCUUAAGUCACAGAGAACAUUCUGGCCAUUGCUUACAUGCCGUGUUUAACCCUGUCGAAAAAGAAAAAGAAGUUAUUGUUAGACCAAUGUUUAAACAAUUCCAACAUUCCAUAUUAACGUGUCCAAAUUCUCAAAUUAAGGAAAAGGCAUGUCCCGUCCCGACACCCCAUCCCCAAGGCCUCUCUCUUCUUUACUUGAAAUUUUGUUUGCUGUUGAUUGAAAUGUUAAUUGGUUUUUUUUUUUUAUACAGUUGUAAAAUAAACCCAUCGGUAACUUGCCCUCUCCGGGGCUUUCCUUUAAUUUAUACAAAGUGAACUGGUGAAGCUGCUGUAUCGGAGAAAAAAAUGCCUUUUUUUCAUAUGGUGCCUUAAUUCCUUACUCUAGGGAGUGUCGCGCUGUACCGCUGUGCCUCGAUCAGACCGCUGAAGUCAAGUAGCUAACAGCGUCCACUAUCUUUUACGAACCGGCCGAUGUGAGAUUCCGGCUGCGAUCCGGGCAGCGCGCGUCAGCAGCACGACGCGAACACUUGUGCACAAGUCGCUUAGCUUGCGUUGAACAGAGGGCGUGCGCGGUUAGGGGCGGUUUAGUUUUUUGUUUCGAUAAGCGUAAUCGAUGCUUUUUCUGUGGGUAAAGGAGAACUUCAUUUUUUAAAUUAUUUUCUUUUUCAUGUUUUAUUUUAAAUGGAUAGCAUGUUUCCUAAAGGCAAUUGGGUUCGGUGGUUCAGGUUUCUCCCACUCCUUCAUUCAUUUAUUCAAACAGCAGAUUAUCAAGCAAUUAAUUCUGUUGUGUUUCAUCACUCACCCCAGUGCGCUGAAAAUGAAUUCUAGGUUGUUGUUAUUGUUUUUUUUUUUUUUGUUUUUGUUUUGAGUGGGUUUGAGCUUGGAUAUGGACCGAAAUAUUGCUUCUUACGGUUUGAUACUGUACUUUUCCAAAGUGAAGAGGGAGGUAGACGUGGUUGUGAAGACAUCAAUCAAGUGUCAAUAUUUUUUAUCGAGAUAUUGUUGUUGUUUUUUUUGUUUAUUUGUUUUGUAUUUGUUUUUUUUUUUUGUUUUUUUUUCUCCGCUGCUAAAAAGCUAUGAUUUUUGUUCCAUCUUAUACACAAAAAUAACAUAGUUGUGAUGUCACUUGAGUGUGCUGCUAUUUUAUAAACAAUUGUAUUAUAAUUAUUUUACUGCUUACAGAAUACUUUGAGAAUGCAGAAGUAGAUGGUAAAUAGAAGAUCAAGAAAUGUAACGAGUAUUCGACUGGAAAUGCUCUUUGUACAGUAUACUCUGAAAGCAUGAUUCCUUUCUUUCUUUUGUUCUUUUUUUUUCUCUCUCAAUCUUUGUUUUCCAGCUCUGUUACCAUUUCCUCUCACAGUCUGUAAGUAUGGUAUGUCUAUACCUCAGGUUUACUGGACAAAAGAAAACAAGUCUCUCAGUACCUCAUAACUCACCACAGUUUUUCCGGGAGCCGCUGAAAGACCGCGUACGGUGGAGAUUCUGAUAGGGGGGACUUUUUAAUAGUCUUCAUUAAUUGAAGCAUGAACAGCUUAAGGCUCCCACCUGGACUUCAACCAACCAUAGUGGACGGAGGGGGGAAACAAAUCUCACCAACUAAGGGUCUAAGGGCUGAGAUAAAGCGAGAUUGAUAUCUGUGUAUAUAAAUUUGUGUAUACCUUUUUUUUUUUUUUUUGGAAACGCUCUCCAAACACAUCUUAACACACAGGAAAUGUCCUAACACAAAGUGGCAUAUACAGUAUAUUGAUGGACUUUCUCGUGUUAUUGAGUUGCACUUUGACUUGGCCUUAAUAAAACAUUUUUCAGGUGUGUAGAAGGUAUUUUCAUCAACUGGUGUAGUAUGAACUGUAACACCCUGCCGAUAGGACAGCCCUCACCACCACCACCACCACGUAACUGUCUCUGUGUUACAGAUUAAUCAUAUGAAUGUUAAUUUGUAAGAUUCACAUGGAUUCUGUCUCCUCCCUCCACUAUGACCUUGUCAUGUACCUCAAUAAUGUCUGUUGCACAACCUAUCUCCAAUAAAUAUCUGCUUCAACGAG